AUGGACACUGUAGCACUCUUCUUCACGGGCGCCCUCGUCGCCGGCGGUAUCUACUGGUUCCUCUGCGUCCUCGGACCAGCCGAGAGAAAAGGCAAACGAGCCGUCGAUCUAUCCGGCGGCUCAAUCUCCGCCGAGAAAGUCCAGGACAACUACAAACAGUACUGGUCUUUCUUCCGCCGUCCCAAAGAGAUCGAAACCGCCGAGAAAGUCCCCGAUUUCGUCGACACGUUCUACAACCUCGUCACUGACAUCUACGAGUGGGGAUGGGGACAAUCCUUCCACUUCUCUCCUUCGGUCCGAGGAAAAUCCCACCGCGACGCCACGCGCCUCCACGAAGAGCUGGCCGUAGAUCUGAUCCAAGUCAAACCGGGUCAAAAGAUCCUGGACGUCGGGUGCGGUGUCGGCGGUCCGAUGCGCGCGAUUGCAUCUCACUCGCGAGCCAACGUGGUCGGGAUCACGAUAAACGAGUACCAGGUGAAGAGAGCGCGUGACCACAACAGGAAAGCUGGUCUCGACGCGCUCUGUGAGGUCGUGUGCGGUAACUUCCUCGAGAUGCCGUUCGAUGAUAACAGCUUCGACGGCGCGUACGCGAUCGAAGCGACGUGUCACGCGCCGAAGCUUGAGGAAGUGUACGCGGAGAUCUACAGGGUCUUAAAACCCGGAUCCUUGUACGUAUCGUAUGAAUGGGUCACGACAGAUAAAUUCAAACCGGAGGAUGAUGAGCACGUGGCGAUCAUCCAAGGGAUCGAGAGAGGAAACGCGCUUCCGGGGCUCAGGAACUACUCGGAUAUAGCCGAGACGGCGAGGAAAGUAGGGUUCGAGGUAGUGAAGGAGAAGGAUCUAGCGGCUCCACCGGCUGAGCCGUGGUGGACUCGGCUUAAGAUGGGUCGGAUCGCUUAUUGGAGGAACCACAUUGUGGUUCAGAUUUUGUCUGCGGUUGGAGUUGCGCCUAAAGGAACCGUUGAUGUUCACGAGAUGUUGUUUAAAACCGCUGAUUUCUUGUCCAGAGGAGGCGAAACCGAAAUUUUCUCUCCGAUGCAUAUGAUUCUCUGCCGGAAACCAAUUUCUUAG